GCUCAACAAAAUCUUUAUACCCGCUUUAAAAAUUCCUUCUCUUCCAGAAUAAAUAUAUGUUUGAAGAUAACGUGAGAAGGCAGCCUGGGAUGGCUCCCUGAAGAAGAGAGGAGAAAGAUACUUAAAAGUGAAAGAAAUGUAAAGACCCUGGGUUGAUACGCUCGUAAAGUGCACGCACAGGCUCCUCCCCCUCACAAAGAUGGCGGCGCCCAGAGAGGAGUCGGACCGUUCCGGACCUAGCUCCGGGCUGGUGGAGACGGCGCUGGUGGCUCUGGAAGCUGACAAUGAGCCGGGUAAGCAGCUGGAGCGACUGCAGGAGCUUACGGGGCUGUUCCGUGAGCAGCGGCACCGAGAAACAGCGUCCAAGCGGGUCUUUCAGGACAUCCAACAAAUCCUGACAAAAUCCUCCCAUGAGGUAGAGCAGGCGUGCGGGGAGGCGGGCCGCCUGGUGUACCUGGACCCCCACCUGCAGCUCAUUGCGGAGUGUUUCCGCUGCCUGAGGAACGCUUGUGUGCAGUGCCCUGGGAACCAGGCCUUGAUCAGGGACUCGGAGUUGAUCGGCACCUCGGUGAAGCUGGUGGAUUUAUUUCAGAAACUGAAUGGCAUUAAGCAGGAAUCCCAGUUGCCAGCCUUUCGCUGUGGCCUGCAGUUCCUGGGUAAUGCCGUGGCAGGAAAUGAGGCUUCUCAGAGGAUGCUGUGGAAAGAUGCCUUCCCAGAUCUCUUCCUGGGCUGCCUCACUUAUCCGGAUGAGAAGAUCGUCACCUUCUCUUGCAUGAUCCUGUUCACGUGUCUGAACUCCGAGAGGCUGAAGGACCUUCAGAGCGGAAAUGUGGCUGUAGCUCUGAGAGUUGUCCGGGCCUACCAGAAGCAGGCAGAUGCUGAAUGGGCGUUCUUGAUCAUUUCAGACUAUUUGCUGAAAAGUCCAGAACUGGUGAACUCCCUGUAUGCUAGGCUGAGCCAUCAGGAAAGGGUGACGCUGCUCGAUCUCAUGAUAGCCAAGCUCAUAGGGGAUGAGCCGCUGACCGGUGAGGACACAGCUGCAUUUCUAAGUCACGCCCGAUUUGUGGCAAGCAAAUUCCAGGAGAAAUGCAAGUCUGUGCUGAAGCUUGCCUCCUCCAGCCACAAUGGUGAUGAGGAAGCCCUGACUACCAUUAGGCUUCUCCAUGUCCUUUGUGAAAUGAGUGCCAACUGUGACCUGCUGCCCUCCUUACAAGCUUUCCCUGGGCUCCUCGAGACAGCAGUUGAGACCUUGCAGAUGGCUCACUUGGCAGGGAAGCAGACCCCAAAUGUCUUCACCACUUCUCCCUGUGUGCGUGGAGAAGGGGACAUCUCCAACCCUGUGGCAGGGUUCAAGUCCCACCUCAUUCGCCUCAUUGGCAACUUGUGCUAUAAAGAUAAGAAUAACCAAGACAAGGUGUACCAAUUAGAUGGUAUUCCCCUGAUUCUGGACAGCUGCUGCAUGGAUGACAACAAUCCCUUUCUGAAUCAGUGGGCAGUGUAUGCCAUUCGAAAUCUAACUGAGCAGAAUAAGAGAAACCAAGAACUAAUUGCAAAGAUGGAAAACCACGGCCUGGCAGAUACAGCCAUAUUGAAGAAAAUGGGUCUAGAAGUUGAACAACAAGACAGGAAGCUUAUUCUGAGGUCCACAAGAAAAGCUUCUGGUGGUGAAUAAUCCUACCACCUGACUCAUGGCUCCUGGCUUCCUGAGAUGUGCCAUUACUGCAGGACAUGAAGUGACAAGGAUCUGAAGAAUAUCUGACUAGUUCAAAGGCAAGAAGGUCUGAAAUCUGAGGAUAACAGAAUUGGAUACUUGUGGGCCCUGGUGUGCCCACAGAUGUCAGGCAAAUGGUCCAUUAGGCAGUUUUUGCCUUAGAUUUGCCAUCUAUUUAAGUAACACAAUAGGUUGUCAUCUGUAAAAGUGCACCCACUGAGAGACCUUCAGAAACCAAAGAUCAGUCCUUUAGCACAGUGCCUGGCACAUAAUAGACACUUAACAUUUAUUGCCUACCUUCAUCCAGUGUGUUUCUGUCUGGGUAUGUGUUUAUAAUGGUGCAGGGCAGUGCAGUGCAGUGUGAUAGAGAGAGCACAAGACCUUGGGUGAAUCCCACUCUGGAUAUUACUCCCUAUGUGAAUAUUUAUGUGAGCCAGUUUCUCUUUUUUCUUUUCUUUUUUUUUUAAACUCUUACUUUCU